UUUUUUUUUUUUACAUUUGUGUGUACAUGUGUGUUUGUCAGGUUCAGUGCAAUGCACUUUUACCUGCUGAGCCAUCUCACCAGUGCCUUAGCAUCAUUCAUACAGUAACAGAAGGGAACAGGAAAUUUAUACUCAUAGUUGGCCUCUGGUUUUCAGACUUGAGUUCUUGGCUUGGGGAACUUUCUAAGUUAAAGGACUUAGGAUGAACUUGGUUGUCAGAACCAAUCUGAACGCACAGGACCUUCCCACUCUGCUAAGUUGGCUACCAACUGGAUGUUGAAGCAUGGAUACAACCACCUUAGGAGCUCUCAAAAACCAAGUUUACUGAGGGUUCUGUAAAGGUCCGUCUGUGCUUUGUGGUAAAGUCUUGGUGAAUUGGAUUAGAAUAAUAAACGGGGAAGGAGCCAGGGUUGGUGUCCUUCACUUGUAAAACUAGCACUUAGGAAGCUGAAGCAAGAUUGCCAAGAGUUUACAGCCAGCCUAGAUUAUAUAGCUUGUACCAGGGACCAACAUGAAAACUUGUCUCAAGGCAAAAAAAAAAAAAAAAAAAAAAAAGUGUGGGGCUGGAGCCAAAGCUCAGCCGUUAAGGAAGGAAUGCUUUGAGAAGACUGGCGUUCAUUAAACAAACAGGCAGAAGCAAGUAGAUCUCUGACUAGAGACAGACUUAAACAGGUCAACAAGGAUUACAGAGACCAUGCCGACGCCGACUCUCCCCACCCCCAACUACACACAAAACGAUGGACUUUGAGUGUACCAUCAAGAACCGUCCUUUAGUUCUCUCCACCUCAGGGCUUUAAGAAAAUGAAGAAUCCCACUACAUCUUCCAAAAAGUCCUCGCUGGGAUGCAGGGCAAGAGGACCACUGUGCGGCCGCGGCUCCUCCACAGUCCCUCGGAAGCUUAUCCUCCGCGCUCCCAGAGGGGUUUCGGUCACUAGCUGUCCUUCCGUUCUUAUGCUUGGUAUUCCCUACAGAGAGCAAACCUUAACUCAAUAAUUAUAGACGCAUUUGCGCGGUUUUAUUAAAGAGCGGGGCAGUCCGCCCACAGAGACCCUCUUCAGAGCCGGUGCCAGCUAGGCCUACUGUGCCCCAGCCGAGGCCACGCCCCUAUCCCGUGGAGCCACUCCCUAGCCCGUAGAAGCAACGCCCCCUGGGGGGGCCGGAAGCGGCGGACAGGUCGGAGGAAAACCCGGAUCGCUCUGGCCGCCGAGGCAGCGUGUGCGCAGGAGGUGCUGCAGGCUUAGGCUCCGGGCGGGCCGGGUCGCGCAGACUGGCGCGGUUGCGCGCCACAGGCCCUCAGGGUCCCCGCCCGGGUGCGGGAUGGCGGCCAGCCUAUGGAUGGGAGACGCAAAACGUUUUAAACUGAAUUAUGCCACUUAUGGGAAACAGCCAGACAAUAGCCCUGAGUACUCCCUGUUUGUGGGGGACCUGACCCCCGACGUGGACGAUGGCAUGCUGUAUGAGUUCUUUGUCAAAGUCUACCCGUCCUGCCGGGGAGGCAAGGUGGUUUUGGACCCAACAGGCGUGUCUAAGGGCUAUGGUUUUGUGAAAUUCACAGAUGAGUUGGAACAGAAGCGAGCCUUGACGGAGUGCCAGGGAGCAGUGGGACUGGGGUGUAAACCCGUGCGGCUGAGUGUGGCCAUCCCUAAAGCGAGCCGGGUAAAGCCAGUGGAGUACAGCCAGAUGUACAGUUACAGCUACAACCAGUAUUACCAGCAGUACCAGAACUACUAUGCCCAGUGGGGCUAUGACCAGAACACAGGCAGCUACAGCUACAGCUACCCCCAGUAUGGCUACACCCAGAGCACCAUGCAGACAUAUGAAGAGGUUGGGGAUGAUGCUCUGGAAGACCCAGCCCCACAGCUGGAUGUGACUGAAGCCAACAAAGAGUUCAUGGAGCAGAGCGAGGAACUGUACGAUGCUCUGAUGGACUGUCACUGGCAGCCCCUGGACACUGUAUCCUCAGAGAUCCCAGCUAUGAUGUAGCCAGGACGUGAAGGCAGAGGCCUAGAAUAAUGACCUUUUUCUAUUGUGAAGCUUCUAUCUUUUUGAAUGUGAUUUAUAAUGUUUUAAUAAAUUACUGUUUCCUUGAA